AAAUUUUUGAAUAUUUGGAAGAUAAGGAUUUACGCUCGUGCUUGUUAGUGAACCGUCUUUGGUGUGAAGUCUCUGUUCGAAUUUUAUGGAGAGUCAUGCAAAAUUUUAAUACUGUUAUAACUUGUCUUCCUAAUAAAUCAAAAGCAAUUUUAUACAAUAAUGGGAUCAAAUUUUCAACAUCAACUUCAAGACGGCCAUUGUUUAAUUAUAUAGUUUUUAUCAAAAUGCUUUGGAUUAAUUCUAUUGAUCGUGCAAUUACAAGAUUUCUCAAGAAUAAUCAACCUUCUACUCUUCAAAACCUUGACAAUCAUAAAAGAAUGAUAACACGGGAAACAUUUAAAAUGCUGAUGAAUCAAACCACUUUGAAAAUUUUACAUUUUGAUUUUGGCUCAACCAGCAUUCCAAACAUUCCAUUUUCAGCAUAUCCAGGAGGAAAGGAAUGUUUGAAAUGUCUAUCUGAAUUUUUGUGUAGCUCAAAUAUUUAUCCCGAAUUCUUUUAUCAAAUAUCUCGAAUUUGUCAUAAUUUAAAAUCACUAAAAAUAAUUUUUACACGUUUCAUCUCAAAUGGAUUAGCAGAAUUAAUUUCUGUUCAACAAAAUUUAAAGUACUUGAACUUGGAUUAUUGCAACAAUUAUUUAGAUGAAGGUCAAUUAUUAUCAAGAAUUCCAAACACAUUAACCAAGAUACACAUUGUUCAACCUCAUCAAAUGCAAUUGUCAUUUCUUUCUACUCUCUCAAAUUUACAAGAACUUUCAUUAUCCUUUUUUAGAAAAAAAGGAUUAAAAGAUUUUAAAAAUCUUCAAUAUGUUACCAUGCCACAAUUGCAAAUUUUAAUGUUUGAAGAUAAAUGUCCAAGUGAUGAACGAUUGAUCAAUUUCUUGAAAAACAAUGGAAAGAAUUUAAAAGUACUUGGUUUUGGCAAAAAAAAAUGUUUUAAUGAUUCAUUAAGUUUAGCUAUAGCCAAAUUUUGUCCAAUUCUGAGGUCUUUACGCGUUAAAUAUAGAGAUUCGGAUUCAUUAAAAGUAAUUUUAAAAGGUUGUGAACAAUUAGAGAGCAUUGAUAUUUUGUAUGACGAUGAGAAUUAUGACUUUAUAUUAGAGAGUGAAUUAGAGAUGGUUGUAGAAUUAUCACCUAAAAAGUUACACGAGAUAAAAAUAGAUAUGGGAUGUUACGUAGAUCUGGAAACGACAUUUCAGUGGGAAUUAAAGUCUAUCUUUAAUUGCUGGUCGAAACGUGUACCAUGUAUUCCACUUUCUUUGACUAUUACUUCGAAUUUAGAAAGUGAAAUUAAAUUGCAGGAAAGUAAUGUCAGAUUAAUUGAAAAAUUUAAAAAGUUGGGUGUUAUUAAAGAAUUUAAAAUAAUCAAUGAUAUGAACGAUGUCGUUAAUAUAUAG